AUGGUGCCCUCUCCCCAAGAACGUAGGCCAGAAGCAGCUGUUGGAACAGCAAUGGGGGACAAGGACAGGGUCGUAAUAUCUGGUAUUUCUGGCCUCUAUCCACAGUCGAAUAAUAUCAAAGACCUAGCGGACAUACUUUAUAAUAAGGAAAAUCCCGUCACGGCAGGCGAACCCCGCUGGAAGUAUGAUCACCCUGAAGUCCCGCCGUUUGUCGGAACUAUUCCUAAGAUUGAUUGUUUCGACGCUCAAUUUUUCAAAGUUCAUUAUAGACUCAGUUCAAGUAUGGAUCCAAUGGGACGGAAAAUUCUGGAACAAGCUUAUCAAGCUAUUUAUGAUUCAGGAGUAAGUCCAGAGCAUCUUUCUGGGAAAAAAAUUGGCGUCUUCAUCGGAUCUUGUUUUUCGGAAACCGAAAAAGCCUCUUUCUACGUAGCUUCGUCAAGGACUGGGUUUGGUAUAGCUGGGUGUAAUAAAUCCAUGUUUGCUAAUCGAGUGUCGUACUGGCUAAAUGCAAAGGGUCCAUCUCAGUCAAUAGACGCUGCUUGCUGCAGUUCGACUGUAGCUCUUGAGCAGGCGUUUUUGGCUAUGACUAGAGGAGAUUGUGAAGCAGCCAUUGUCGGAGGAUCCAACUUGUGCUUACAUCCACAAAGCUCUAUACAUUAUGGAAGGAUAAUAUGCCUUUGUAAAGACGGAAAAACAAAAUCAUAUGAUCAGCACGCGGAUGGUUGCGCUAGAUCUGAAGCUGUUAACGUACUGUUUUUACAAAAAGCUAAAGAUGCCUUAAGAAUAUACGCCGAUGUAGUACAUGUCAAAAAUAAAUUUCUUGAGAUGGUAGAAAGUGAUGCAGGCCCUAGGUAUGGUUUUUAUCGCGACCCCGUCAGCAUGUCAGGUUUCCUAAAAGAAUUCUAUGAAGAAGCAAAAAUAUUACCCAAGGAAGUUGAGUACGUUGAAGGUUUUGGAUCGGGUGACACAGAAGCUGAUAAAGUAGAAUUAGAAGCUUUUGAAAAAGUGUUUUGUGAAAAUAGAUCGAAACCACUACUUGUGGGUAGCGUUAUGUCUAACUUGGGUUACUGUGAAGCAGCUUCUGGUAUAACCGCAAUUACAAAGGUGCUACUGGGGUAUCAUAAGGGUGAAAUAGCUGGCAAUAUUAACUGCACAACCCCACGAAAUGACGUAGAUGCAUUACAAAAGGGACGUAUGCGGCUCAUAACAGACCAUCAACAAUUCAAACGCACAUAUGUUGGUGUUAAUGGGAUGUCUGUGACUGGUAUUAAUUCCCACGUUCUUUUACAUGGUCAUUUUAAACCAAAGGAUCCAACUCGUUAUCAAUGUAGCUUUCCCCGUUUAGUUACAAUAUCUGCGAGACAGGAUGUAGCUGUCAUAAGUAUUAUCAAUGAUUUAAAAUCCCGGCCAAUCGACCCUGAAGAACUAGCAUUGUUACACAACAUACAUUCUUCUAGGAUAAGCGGUCAUGUGGGCAGAGGAUAUGUGAUUCUAGGUACAGAUAAAGAUAACAAAACGAUUGGCCUGAGUGAAAAGGCUAGCUACUGCGAUGCUAGUGAUCGGCCGCUGUGGUUUGUGUACAGCGGAAUGGGCUCACAAUGGACUGGAAUGGGCAAAGCACUUAUGCGCAUACCGAUAUUUAAAGACGCCAUAGAGCGUUGUCAUAAGGUAUUAGAACCAAAAGGCGUUGACCUUGUCCAUAUAAUUACCUCGCCCGACAAAUCGAUCUACGACAACAUACUGAACUCUUUUGUCGGAAUAGCUGCCAUCCAAAUAGGGUUGACUGACAUUCUGCUUGCGUUGGGAUUGGUCCCCGAUAAAAUAAUUGGUCACAGCGUGGGUGAACUAGGAUGCGCAUACGCAGAUGGUUGUUUAACGGCUGAAGAAAUGAUUUUAUCUGCUUACUCUCGAGGUCUGGUUUCUGUGCAAACACCAUUUAUUCGCGGUUCUAUGGCAGCUGUUGGCAUUGGAUUCGACAAAAUCUCAAAAAUGUGUCCACCGGAAAUUGAAGUAGCCUGUCACAACGGGCCGGACUCUUGCACUAUUUCGGGUCCAGCCGAUGCAAUGAGCGAGUUUGUCGCGCAGUUGACUGCUAAGGGCAUAUUCGCUAAGGAAGUGCCUUGUUCCAACAUUGCGUACCAUUCCCGGUACAUUGCUGAAGCAGGUCCGGCUCUUCGUAAAUAUUUGACUGAAGUUAUAAGCACUCCGAAACUGCGCAGCAAUCGUUGGGUUUCCACCUCAGUGCCUGAAGAAAGAUGGAGCGUAGAAGCUGCCAAGUAUUCUUCGGCCGAAUAUCACACUAAUAACCUCUUGAACCCAGUGCUUUUCGAAGAAACCUCAAGACUAAUUCCACAGAAUGCCGUACUGGUAGAGGUGGCACCUCAUGGCCUUCUUCAAGCCAUUCUCAAGCGCUCUCUGCCAUCAUCUUGUGUUAACAUACCUCUCACACGACGAGGUCACUCUGACAAUGUUCAAGUGCUCCUGGAAGCCAUUGGCCAGCUGUACAUGGAAGGGUAUUACCCAAAUGUUCGUGUACUCUAUCCGAAGGUGGAGUUUCCUGUUUCUACCGGCACCCCACAUUUAUCGCAUUUGGUUGAGUGGGCGCAUAAUGAAACAUGGUUUUUGCCUUUGCACGUCAGUGCCAGCAGAAGAGAAGCAGCUGCGUGCAAGUUUCUUAUUUCCCUCCAUGAUAGUGAAAACAAUUAUUUGCAAGGUCAUGUCAUACAAGGUAAAACUGUGUAUCCGUUUGCGGGUGCUCUGGUAGCGGUAUGGGACACCCUAGCGAUGUCUUUGGGUGUGGCUCGGAAGCAGUUAUCAGUACAAUUUCGCGACGUAUACUUCUUCGCGCAGCCUAUUAUGCACGACUCGCGCCAGCUGCGGCUUAGCGUCUCGCUACACAGAGGAACAGGACAGUUUGAGGUGAAUGACGAUUGUUCAAAAGUUGCUACUGGCUACGUAAAUGGAGUUUCUAGUAACGUUUCUAGAGGUUUCAACCACGACGAGAAAAAUGAAGAAGCUUUAGAGUUAACAACUGACGAAGUUUACAAAAUAUUGUUCAAAAGACACUACAGAUAUGCGGGCGAGUUUCAAAGCAUUUGCAGUACGAACUCAACAUUUACUGAGGGUUACCUCUUAUGGGAAGGCAACUGGGUAACCCUCUUAGACGGCAUGCUGCAGCUCAACGUCCUUAGACAACUCCAUGAGGGUAUCUCUCAACCAACCUACAUAAGGAAGAUAACCAUUGAUAUCAAACGACACUUAAAUAAGAAAAAUAUACAAAUAAACGAUUUGAACGUUAUGAAAACGAACAUUUGUGAAAUUCAAGACAGUACUAGUUGCGAGGGAAUAUUGCUGGAAGGUAUACGAUUCCGUGAAAUUGUGCCUGCUGGUGACAACAAACUGGCCUUAAAAGCGUUGAACUUUGUGCCACGGUUUCAAUCAGUUCGUGAUUUAAAAGUGAAAAAUAUUUUCCAAGUUUUUACACAGAUUGUAGGCGAAAAUAUUGGAAAAGAUAUUAUUAAUGUUGUCGAAAUUUACGAUAAAAGAGGAGACAAUCAUGUGUUCAAAGAAAUAAACACUAAUGUACAUGAUAUUCCUGGGAUUGUUGUAAACUUAAGCCAUAUGCAUAAGAGUGAAGUUUUGGACAAUUUAGUUAAAGAGGCGGAUUUGAUUUUAGUCAGGAAUUUAUCCAGGGAUGAUAGUUUAUGUCAAAUUUUAUACCGCCUGUUCCAUCGCAAUGGUUUUGUUGUUAAUGCUGAAGACGUAGAGGAAAAAUGUUGUGUACGGCCCUCGACAUUAUACAGUGUUGUGUCGGCUCACAGUUCUAAGAGAACUCGUCUAGAAUUAGUGAAGUGGAGGCCGAUAACAUUGACUUCUGGAACUAGUACAUUCACAGUCAGGACUCUUUCGGAUCUUGCACUGUUACAAACUGCGAGAAUAAACCUACCGCUGCGCCAGAGAAUGAUUGUGCUCACGCCAUAUCCUAUGAUAUCGGGUCUAAAAGAUUUGGUAAAACAAUGGAGGAGCGAGUCAGAACGUAACCAAAUAUUCCUACUUACGUUCAAAAAUACAUCAGAGAAUCUUCAUAUAGAUACACUGCCUGAGUUGGAUUUAGCUUUUAACAUAAUUAAUCAGCAAGAUGAGUGGGGAGGAGAGUACUUUGAGCCACUUCGCCAAAAAGUACGCAGCAAUUGUGGUAUAACUUUGAGCAGCGCAAAAAUUGGUGAUUUAGAAUAUCUUCGUUGGAUUGAAACCACUGGAUGCAAGGGCUCCGGUAUCCCGGUCAAGAUACAUUUCGCUGGACCCAAUUUUAAUGAUGCUAAACGAGCUUACGGUGAAAUACCAUUCGAAAUAAGUGAUACGAACGACAGGUCCUACGGAAUGGAUUUCAGUGGGACAACUGAGAAAGGACAACGCGUAAUGGGCGUGGUGCGAGGUGGUGCACUGAGCGACCGAGUGUUGGCGCAUCCUGAAUUGACGUGGCCGGUGCCUGACCAUUGGAGCCUAGAGGAUGCAGCCACCGUACCACUGCCUUAUGCUCAUGCGUUCUAUUGCCUAUUUAUUAAAAUUGAGCUUCAGCGAGGAUCAAGUAUCAUCGUACACGGUGGCGCUGGAGCUUUGGGACAAGCCAUCAUAUCCAUCGCAUUAUAUUUAAAAUGCGAAAUCUUUGUCGCCGUCAGUGAUAUUAAAAAGAAAAAAUAUCUGCUGAAAUUAUAUCCACAAUUACAAGAGGAUCACAUUGGUUGUUCCCGAGAUAAAAACUUCUCUGACUUAGUGCUGACUCACACUAACGGGAAAGGAUGCAAUGUCGUAAUAACAUGUGGACAGGGUGGUAUUAAAACGGCUUUUUUGAAAUGCUGCGCACCAGAUGGUUUUACUUUAGACACGAGUCCACUCAAAAGUCAAGAAAAUUACAUGUUUGGAAUGAGCUACAUGGUGGGAGCACGAACGUAUGCAAGUGUCGACUUUGCAUCUAUAUUUGAAUCUCCAAACAAAGACCAAUCUAAUAAACUUCAACAAAUGGUAGCAAAAGGUAUCCAAGAUGGGUAUGUACGUCCGCUGACACGUGUGUCCUUUAUGCCAGAAGAAGCAACUCGAGCAUUUAAAUUGCUAGCUGCAAGCCGUCAUCGCGGAAGAAUACUCCUACAUUUGCAGCCUGCACUUCCGCAACCGGAAUGUUCGAGACUUUUCUGCUCAUCUGACCAUUGUCAUGUCUUGAUAGGCGAUGAAGAAGGCCUAGCGGUGCAAUUAGGUGACAGGCUGAUAAAACGUGGUGCUAGAACUCUGCACUUGCAUCUACCUACUCCCCCUUCAAGCCACAUACUGAAGACUUGGGAGUCUAUGGGCAUAAAAACACAAAUAUCAACAAACGAACUAAAAAGCAGUAAGGAUAUAAGUAAUUUAUUGAGUGACAGCUGGCGCAUGGGUCCAGUUGAAGGCAUAUAUGUGCUGAUAACGAAGACACUCAACAAACAAAAACAAAAAAUAUGUGAAACUUUGGUUGAUAAUUUGGAUCUAGCGGCUAGAAAAACGUGUCCAACAAUCAAAUAUUUUGCUGUGAUCGGCAUCGACAACUGUGUGGGCCAAAGUGUGUGCCUUUCAAGGGCGAGCCAAAGAUUACCGGCAAUGAUGCUUCAAAUUCCACAGGAAAUAUUAGAUGGGAGGCAUAUAACGAAUGCAGUGGAACAAGGUCUAUGUUCACAACAAAGUGCUAUAAUCGCUCACAUCCAAGUUACAACAAGUCAAACUCUCCUAGACCAAUUAACGGCGAUAACUGGUAUUCCGAUUACGACAGUCACCGUUGGUGGUAACGGUAGUAUCUCAACAUUGCAAGAUUUGGGAAUUUUGUCGGAUAAAUCACGAGCAGUAUCUAUAUUUUUAAGAGACAAAUAUAAUAUUUGUAUCGAUGACGACAAAAUACCUUUUUUAACUGUGGAAAAAUUAAAAGACAUCGAGGAAAUGACAAAGGAAUGCGAAUAUCCAGCAAAAUUCAAACAAGGUCUAAAUGCCCUAUUCACACAUGUCGACCCGGAUGAACUACACGCCACCGUUGAGUUGAUGGCUCCUUCCACAUAUUCACAUUCUAGUGAAUUGAGGGAUGACGAGCUAGCAGUCAAAGCAACUCUGCCAUUCUUGUUCGUAGUUCCUGGAAUGGAAGGGCAUCACCAUCGUUACCGAUUGAUGUGCGAGAGACUGAAGUUGCAGGCUUUCGUGCUGCAGCCUGGCCUCGAUAGACCAUGGGAGUCUAGUGAAGAAAUGACAGCAAGAUAUGUGAAGAUCAUGUCGAAAAAAAUGAACAGUAUCAAGAGAUUCUACCUCCUAGGUUACGAAAUGGGAGUACUAACAGCACUAGAAAUGGCAACUAUGCUUGAAGAUCAAGGUAUGACUGGUACGGUGUUCUGCCUCGGCGGUGGUCCAGAAGACUUCUUGGCCGCGUUGGAACAGCAACUCAACGAGGCGUGUGCGGGCGAGGACUCUGAGCAAGCGUUACAGGAUGCAGUUGCGCGUCACAUGUGCGCGCUCAUGGGCAGCGCAUCCACGCAGCUGGAGACCGCGUUACACAAUGCUGACACUUGGCGAGAGAAGGUAGAAGUAAGCGUGAACGUUCUACGCGGACGCGUUACGUAUUCAGCUCAAUAUGCGCAAGCCUUAAUCGAAGCUGCAUACACGAGGGUGACGCAGGCGCGUAACGCUAGAAAGCGCGUACAAGCGACACCACGAUUGCUGGAAUCUAGUAUAGUGUUGCUACGCUCGCCAGACGCAGCCAUCGUAUCACCACACCCACUGCAGCGCUACACGCGUCUCCCACUUGCUAUCCAUGAUUUACGUGCUCCGCUUGUCCAUGCCACUGAUGAUUUGCGCGUAGCAGCCGUCGUCAACCAAUACCUAGAUGACGAGAUUCUUCAAGAGUUUGAAAACAAAAAUAUAUGUGAAACAUAUCUAUUGAAUGCUGAUGUGUUCAUGACUGCAUAAAUUUGUAAAAUACGCAGUUUUAUCUAAUCCGUCAAUUUACGGUUUUGUUUGGGUUGUGGAUAGGGUAUUAAAUAGAACAAGUUUUGAAUAAAU